AUGAAAAGCGGUUUGCUGUCUAUAAACGAUGUGCUCUUCUUACUGGUAAACAUUUUCAAAUACUUCCUGAUUGCUUUGAACGGACUGUACCUGUAUAAGUUACCAUGCAGCGCUAAGGAGAACAUGGACUUUGUGGGCGCCAUAAUAUGUAUCCUUAUAGGUGUUGCGAUAAAAAUUACCGUUAUAGCUAUAUACUGCACGUACUUUAUGGACAUUUAUAUGCUGAGAAAAUGCAGGAGGAAAAAUUUUCUAAAAUUGUGUAACUUUAGCAGUGUAAACAGGAGCGGAAACACAUGGGUGCUAGAAUCUGAUGACUUUGAGUAUAAAAAGUUAAUUAAGAAAUUUUUUUUUAAGAAAGUAUACUAUUCGUUAAGGAAAAAACAUAAACGUAUGGAAUUGUACAUGCUAAAAAUUUAUAACAGUACAUUUAAUUACUACUUCUGUAACGUGAGGGAUGUGCUUUACGCAUUCAUAUGGUACAUCAGUUUAUACUACUGGAGGAGAGAUACAUACGACACGAUCUGGAAUUUUGACAACAUACCGACAUACAUUCAUAACAUUUUGAUUGUCCUCUUGUCCUCGUCCUACAUCGAUUUAGUGAUGGUCAUUCUGAGUUACAGCAAGUCUAAGUGUUAUUUGAUGAAGUCGAAAUUGCUAAUAGAUGCGUUUUUCAGCGCACCAAGUGUAUUUUUCUUUUCCAAGUAUCUUUUUGUUCUUGAUAAUAAGAUAGACAUAUAUUUCAUAAUGGGCUUUUUACGAAAUAUUAAGAUAUUUUUGAAUGUGUCCUAUGCGAGAGUGGAGCAGAACUCCAUCUUAACCAAUACAGAAAUUAAAAUCGUUCGAAUUGUGCUAGGAGUUCUUUUGCUGUGUAACGCGUUCGCUUCAACCGUUUACACCAUUCAGGCAAUUCACCCUUACAAUUUGGAAAACGGGAACUUCUCCUAUUUUCUGAAUAGCUAUUUGGAUUAUUUCUACUUCUCCAUAAUCUCCAUCUCGACUGUUGGGUAUGGAGAUAUAUUUCCCAUUAACAAAUUAAGCAAAGUAGUUUGUAUCAUUUUUAUAUUCUGGACGUUCAUUUGGGUUCCAAUACAAUUCAAUGAUUUGAUUAUUUCCAUUUUCUCUAAAAAGAAAACCUAUGGUAAGGUUAGCAUGAACAGUCAGAAGUUUAUUCUGCUCAUUGGAGAAGUGGAACCACAACAGUUAAAUGUUUUCCUUUUCGAGUCUAUUGCGUAUGGAAACAAGCUAAAAUUUCACAUCCUUACUACUUACCCUAUAAGUUCUUACAAAGAACAAAUAAAGAUAGCAGAUCACUUUUGCAUAUCUCUGUAUAUUAAAAGCUUCGAUUUGAAUGAAAAACAAAAUACGAAUUUGCUCUACAGUAUCAACGCGCAAAAUGCGGGGCAUUACAACAUAGACACAAAAUCCUUUACAAGAUUGUUAAUUUUGAAGAANUUUUUACAUGGGAAAAAAAACGCUGUCAUUGAAUUACGAAAUAAGAGUGUUUCUAAUGUUGUCAAGUCUAUUGGCUGGGAAAAUUUUAUCAUUGUCAAUUUGAAGCAUUCCUUAAUUGUUAAGAAUGCCAAGUACCCUGGGGUUAUUACCCUAAUAUUAAACUUAUUCACAGCAUACAAAUAUGAGCCAGAGUGUGACGCGCUUGACGAUAUGCGUGAUUCCUUCUCCUCUCUGAAAUAUAUCGGUGAAUAUAUCAGGGGAUCCCAAACAAAAAUUUUCUCCUUCUUCGUUCACAAAAAUAUGGUUGGACUCAAAUUCGAUAAAUUAUUUUACAAAUUGUAUGAGUCCCUUGGCAUUAUUCUAAUCGGCAUCGAAACAGACAACGGGAUGGUACCCCACGUUAGGCGCAAUUGUUCUGCGAAUAAAGUGGCAAACUUCGUUAAGGGGAAAAAGGCAAGAAGGGAAAAAUUUAAACUUGUCUUCCUGAACCUGUUAAGGAGGUAUUCUCAUUCGUGUAACGCCGCCUAUACAGAACGACCGUUCCGAAAACAGAGAGCCAUUUGGAAUAGCAUCCAAAGUGGUCACACCAUGGGGAGAAGAAUAAAGAGAGACUUAACGGAACCAUCUAAUUUGUUAAAAAUGAACCUGGGUUAUCACUCAAAUGGGGGAAAAGAUAAUUUUAGGAGCUUGAUCGGAGAAUGUGAGACCUACCGCAUCAGGGGGAACAAAGCACAGGGGAAUAUGUCCCAUAGGCGAAGAAAAAACAAACAUGAGAGUAUCUCCAGCGAAGGAAAUAUUUGCAUAAACAUCAGUAAAGGUAACAGUAGAAGUAACAGUAGAAGUAACAGCACAAGUAACAAACUACGGGAGAGGUGCACCAACAAGGGGGAGCCACACAUGGAAGACUUAAAAAAGUGGGACUACAACAUAAUUCACGCCAAGACAAAUAACAAAUGGGGAUACGACACGAACAUAAGUAAAAACACGAAACAGUUAAAAUGCUACCUCAAUUUGUUGGGGACAAAUUACUCCAUGAGGGAAAAUGACAAAUGUGUAGUUAUUGCCAAUUCUAAAAAGGUUAUUAAGUACCUGUCCAUGGCAAAAAGCCUCUUUUGGCUAUUCGAAAUUAAAAGUAAAAAAGAGAAGAACAUUUCUUACGAUUUGAAGUCAGUCAUAAAAACUAAGAAAACUUUUAAUAAAUAUUUGACGGUGAAUUUAAGGAGGAAAAUGCCAACUACGUCUCAUGGGCAUAACAGAAGCCUGGUCUACAAAGGUGCAAAUCUGAUAGCCAUAAAUUACCACGACUUGUUUAGUAGCUACAAAAUUUCGAGAGUUUUUUCGAAAAGGAGUUAUCCAUUUGGGAAAAAGAUCAAGACGGUUAAAUAUGUAGGGGGGCACGAUACGCACGAUUUGAUAAGUUGGGGAGGUUGUCCUAACAUCAUUUGCAGUGUUGGAGGUUGCCAGGGGAGAGGUGAUAAAAAUGGGAAUUCUCAAAAAGGGAACUAUCAAGAUGGGGAGAAGUGCGUUGGAUCAACUCAUGUUCCCCCUUGUGAUUCUAACAAUUGGGCCUUUAACGGAUGUAAUUUUAUCAGUUGCAUUCAAUACGGAUGUAAUGUUGACACUCGCGUGGGCAGACACACCGAGGGGGAUACCAUCGUGGCAUCAUCACGUUACUUGGAGAGCAACACCGGGAGAUUUCGCGUGAGUAAUCCCACAAACAGUCUUGCUUUGUCUUACGCAGAAAUGCGUACUUUUGAAAAUGCGGUAGACAACUCUGUGUCGCAGAACAGCUAUGUAGACCCCCAACUCGUGAAUUCACAUCACGCAGAGGUUUGGAAAAAGUAUGGGCAUUAUUUUUUCCACAAAAAAAAAUUAAAAAAAAAAAAUUAUUUAAAUAAUUGCGUGAAUUUUUUAAAAAGAGAAGAAACAGGAAAGGAUAGAGCUACACAAAAUGGCCUCAACAAUGCCCACAAGGAUAGCCUUAAGGAUAGCCUUAAGGAUGGCCUCAGUGAUGGCUUCAAUGAUGCCUUCAAAAGCGCGAUAGCAUAUUCGUACGAAGAAGCCUGUGAAAAGUAUUUCCCCCGAGGGAGGAGGAACAAAUUAUUGCUAAUAAUAAACUGCACGUCCAACACGAUUGAGUUAAUCAAAAUGGUGAACCAUAAGUGUACAUAUAACGUAGUUAUACUUACGGACGAAGUGCCAACUAUCAAUAUGUACGACUUGUGUAAGUACAACGUCGUAUUUAUAAAAUGCAAGUCUUUGGACGACUACAAUAUAUUAAACGCUGGCCUUAUGCAGGCCUAUUACGUGAUAAUCCUGCCAACAGACGUAAACAAUGCUGACGAAAUAAACGAGAUAGACAUGAACAAUAUAAUAUUAACAAGGAAAAUGAUCCACUUAAUGCGCAAAAGAAAAAAGUCUUGCUACAUAAAUAACAUAAUGACUGAGUUGAUUAACCCCUCUAAUGUUAUCUUUUUGGAAGAAAAUAAAAUGAUAAAAUUAAAGGACAAGAAAUCUUCUUACAGUGAUUUUUUCCCUUAUGUAAAUUGCUCCCGCUUUUAUUCAAGCAAUCUAAUCUGCGAAACGAUGCUGUACAAUUUUAUGGCGCACCAUAAAAGCUUCACCAAAUUUUCCGUGUGUAAUGACACAUUGGAAAGCCUCAUAAAACAGAUUAGCGUAAUUUAUAUAUGUGACUUGAGCAAGUAUUUUGAUUUUUCUUUUAAAAGAAUUAGGACCUUUCGCGAUCUGUUUUAUUUCUUAUCCAAGAAGAAUAUCACUGCUAUUGGUUUGUACAGGCGCGGCGACAAAAAUGUUCCCUUCUACGUUUACACCAAGCCGAGCGAAAAUUGCGAGCUGAAGCUGGACGACAUGGUUUACGUUUUGUAG